AUGGUGCCAUCGGAUAGUGAUGAUGCAACGGUCACCGCCGUCGAUCUGAAAUUGGGAAGUUGGGUGAUGUGCAGUGACCGCGUGGCAAAGAAGGUGGUGGGAAUGCGACUGAUCCCUGUGGAAGACCAGGAAGUCUUGGCCAUCACCUUCCAUCCCGACAAGGCUGUGGCGUGCUUCCUGCCACCCGACAAGCCGCUGGUGUUGUCCAAGGGCCUGACCCGCAAACCCAUCCGUCGCAGUGGCAUGAACCGCCGCGUGCGCCGGCGUGUGGAUGGAGAUGAGUCGGCCAGUGUGCCUGAGACGGCAGCGGGGGAAUAUGAGGACUGA